AUGGCUAGUCUGUGGAUGUCUUUGAGGCUGUUGCUGCAGCAGCAGCAGCAGCAGCAUCGAUUCUCGCGGCAGCAGCAAGCAGCAGCAGCAACCGAUCCCUACAUACUGCACCAGGGUAGUACAGACACGGAAGCAACAGCAGCAGCAGCAGAAGCAGCAGCAGAAGCAGCAGUAGGUUUAGAGGGAAUAGAUGCAGCAUCAUCAGCAGCAGCAGGAGGAGUAGCAGAAGAGAAGCAGCAGCAGCAGCAAGAAGAAGACUUGCAGCAGCAGCAGCAGCAGCAGGAGGAUAGAAAGAAAGCACUAAAGAAACUAAAGAAUGCUGGUGUGAUGCUGCUGCUGCUGCCUGUGUUGCUGCUGCUGCUGCAUGAGUUGAUGGUUAUACCCCGCAUAGAUAUGUUGAAACAGAGACACCUGAGAGAGCAGCAUAUACAGCUCACCGAGGCCCAGGCUUACGAUAAAGCUUUGGAGACAGAUAGAGUUGUUGUGUCUCUUACUUUUGUAUACGGUCUCCUCGUGUGGGGUGCUCUUAUAAACUUAAUUAAAGCCAUCAUCGGGGUAGCGAGGUCACCGGCUGUACGCAGCAGCAUCAGCAGCUCGGUAGAGGGACUGCAGCAGCUGCUGCAGCAGCAGCAGCAGCAGCAAGAGGAGCUAGAGCAGCAGCAAGAAGGACUGCAGCAGCAGCAAACAGAAGAAAUGAUGCAGCAGCAACAGCAGCAGCAGCAGCAAGAACAAGAAGAGACACAACAGCAGCAACAUAAAGGCAACCCAGAGGCAGAGGAUACACAGACAGACCAAACACAGCAACAAGGAGAAGAACAGCAGCAGCAGCAGCAGCAGCAGCAGCAGCAGCAGCAGCAAUCUGAUGAAGCACCACAAGACGAAGACUAA